UACAGCUACAGUUGAUCACCAUGGCUUGUGCAUCUUCUCUUGGGUUACUGAUGCUCGCGGCGGUGGUGUCCACGGCCACCGCGCAGCUGUCGGCGACGUUCUACGACACGUCGUGCCCCAGCGCCAUGUCGAUCAUCAAGAGCGGCGUGACGGCCGCCGUGAACAACGAGCGCCGCAUGGGCGCCUCUCUGCUCCGGCUGCACUUCCAUGACUGCUUCGUCCAAGGUUGUGACGCCUCUGUUCUGCUGGCCGGAAACGAGAGGAACGCAGGCCCAAACCUCUCUCUCAGAGGCUUCGGCGUCAUCGACAGCAUCAAGACGCAGGUGGAGGCCGCGUGCAAGCAGACCGUCUCCUGCGCCGACAUCCUCGCCGUCGCCGCCCGAGACUCCGUCGUCGCGCUUGGAGGGCCGUCAUGGAGUGUUCCGCUGGGGAGAAGGGACUCCCUCGGUGCUGCUACGGCGACCCAGGUGAUCAACAGCCUUCCUCCUUCUACGGACAGCCUCGCGCAGCUCAUCAGUGCGUACGCGAGUAAAGGGCUGAGCGCAACCGACUUGGUCGCUCUAUCAGGUGCACACACGAUCGGUGUGGCGCGGUGCCGGGGCUUCAGGACGAGGCUGUACAACGACACCAACAUCAACUCCGCCUUCGCGACGGCGCUCCAGGCGAACUGCCCACGGGCAACCGGCAGCGGCGACGGCAACCUGGCGCCGCUGGACACGACGACGCCCAGCGCCUUCGACAACGCCUACUUCACCAACCUGCUGUCGCAGAAGGGGCUCCUGCACUCCGACCAGGAGCUCUUCAAUGGCGGCAGCACCGACAGCACGGUGAGGAGCUUCGCGUGCAGCGCGGCGGCGUUCGGCAGCGCCUUCGCGACGGCCAUGGUGAAGAUGGGGAACAUCGCGCCCUUGACCGGGACGCAGGGGCAGAUCAGGCUCAGCUGCUCCGCCGCCAACUCGUAGUAACUCGUAAUUAAGAAAUUUACAAGACGCCCCGGCGCAACCCGUAUUCAUGCUCAGUCCAACAAAAAGUUACAAAAUUUUGAGGAAUCGGUACCUUAUGUAUCAAAUCGUUUAUAAUCGUUAGAUCUAACAACGUAUAUUCUACUCAGAUAGAUCCAAUGAUAAGAAAUAAUUUGAUAUCUUAAGAUAAUUUUUAUUAAACCGGAACAAAUCUCCUGAGAUGUAUAUAUACUAGUACCAGUGCACAGAUCAAGAAAAGAAUAAGGCUCAGGUGCAAUUAAAAUCGUAGAGCAUGCAACGAGGGCAUGGCAUAUCAGUCGCAAGCUAUGCAUGCCUCUUAGAUUUAAUUUGUACCGGUUCUAUCUA